AUGUCAGAUCUUGAAAAAGAAAAGGAUCAAUCAAAUGUUGAAAUAACGUCAACAUUUUCCAAAAAUAAUCUAGACCCACAUGCUGUGCUUUCCCAUGUUGUCUCCAUUGAUGGCAGAGUCGUUGAUGUCACUGGUGACGUUGACGAGGCCAUGAAAUAUGCAUUUGACGCUGAAGAGGUGGAACUGACCGAUGAACAAGCCCGCAAGCUACUCUUCAAGAUUGACAUCUACUUGUUGCCUCUGAUCUGUUUGCUCUAUUCGAUCCAGUUUAUGGAUAAGGUUUCUUCUUCGUCGGCCUCUGUUAUGGGUUUGCGUACAUACUAUCACAUGCAUGGCACGCAAUAUUCUUGGGUGGGUUCGUCCUUCUACUUGGGUUACUUGAUUUUGGAAAUUCCAAUGUCCAUGAUAUUGCAGAGAUUUCCAGUUGCUAAAACUAUUGGUAUAAUUGUGGUGAUUUGGGGUGCCAUUUUGUGUUUGCAUGCUGCAGCUUCCAACUACCCGGGCCUCAUAACGUUGAGAACACUACUUGGUAUCUUUGAAUCGGGGGUCACACCAGCAAUGGUGAUCAUCACCGGUCAAUGGUACAAGGCAGAAGAACAGUUCCUCAGGACGGCCAUCUGGUUUGCGUGUAAUGGGCUAGGAACCAUUCUUGGCUCGUCCAUCGCCUACGGCUUGGCCAUCAGGAUGAACUCGUACAGCAUCGAAGCGUUCAAGGUGUUGUUCAUCGUCAUUGGCUGCAUGACCAUCUCAGUUGGUGUGAUGAUCUUCUUCCACAUUCCAGAUCUUCCGGUGAAGGCCUGGUUCUUAAACAAAACGGAAAAGAAACAGGUUGUUCUCAGAAUUAAGUCAAACCAACAAGGUUUUGGUAAUAAGCAUUUCAAGCUUCACCAGCUAAAGGAAGCACUUUUGGAUAUCAACACGUGGAUCUUUUUCUUCUGGGCUAUAGCUGCAGAUAUACCUAAUGGUGCACUAACGAAUUUUGGUAACAUUCUACUCUCAGAUACGUUUGGGUAUUCUGCUACAAAGAGUAUGUUGAUGAACAUGCCCAAUGGGGCGGUGGAGAUCGUGGGUUGUAUUCUUUUUGCUUGGACAGUCAGAUUUUUCAGGCAUAAACUUGCAGUUUCCUUGUUCACUACGGUUAUCACCCUUAUAGGAAUGUGUAUGCUAGCAUUUGCAAAGCAAUCACCUCAUGCAAGAUUAGCCGGUUACUAUCUUUUCUCUAUUUCUCCAAUCUCGAUGAUUUGUGCAUUGUCCUGUUUUACUUCGAAUGUUGCUGGCCAUACUAAGAAGAUUACAGUCAAUGCAAUCUAUUUGGUUGGAUACUGUACUGGUAACUUGAUUGGGCCACAAACCUUCAUUGCAAAACAGGCUCCUGAGUAUAGAGGUGGACAGAUCUCAAUGGUGGUUUGUUAUGCUGUUGCGCUUCUGCUUAAUAUCUGGGUUUAUUACAACUACUGGUCCGAAAAUAGACGAAGAGAUGCAUUACUCGCUGAGGGUAAGAUUGAUAUUCCACACAUUGAAAACAUUGAAUUUGCAGAUUUGACAGACAGGGAAAACGUUAACUUUAGAUACGUGUUAUAA